AUGUCUCUCCGUGGAAGAGCUUCAGCCGCGCCCCGUUUUCUCCGGGAACACGUUUGCAGGGUAUCCUUCGCUAUUCCCAGCCCGUCUAGGAGAGGAUUUAGUGGCGGCGCUGCCUCAGGAGUGACCACAGGGGAUCCAUAUGAAUGUGCCGAGGCUUUUGAAAUGGUAAAUAAGAAACGAUUUAGAAUUCCUAUUGAUGUUUGUUUUUUCCUCGAGCGGAAAUGUACUCUCUCUGGCAGCCUAGCGCCGCACAGCUCCGUCAGUCUUAUUCUGCCUUCUGCCAAUAGUUACCAUGUGGUUCAGGAUCUUGACUUGCUUGCUGAUUCUAAGCAUAGUUUUCGCUGUGGAUCUUCCACAGGUUACCAUCCUCUCACCAGCAUCUUCUUCUCAUGUCUUGGAGUGCAGCCAGAAAUGCGCCAGGAAACUCAUAGAUGGAAGUUGCAGGAUCAAUUGGUUUUGCAAGUUCUUAGAAAACUUACAGUGAAUCGUCGCCAGAGAACCAAACCACGGUAUCUGCACUUGCUGCAUGAUGAAAUAAAUAAAGAUUAAGCAAACUGUC